GAACAGUUGUAUUUCCAUCAUCUUGUCCACGAACAACAUUUAAAGUGAUAUUAAUGAGAACAUCCAUUUAAAUUUUAAAAAUUCGAUCGGCCAGAGGUUUACAUGUAGGCGGUGGGUUGAAAGGACAUCAUUUUAAACUGUAAAAGCUCUCUUACUUUGCAACAUGUAUAGACAGAUACGAUGAUUUGAAGGGAGGUGAUUUUGAUCAAAAUGGGAAGAACCCUUUAGCCAUGUUAAUGAAGAGGAAUGUGAAUAUAUUGCUUUGAGAAGAUACAUCUUGUUGUGUACGAGAAGCUGAAAAGGGUUCUUCAAAAAUGAAACGAGGCAAGUGUGGCCCAGACGAGCACGGAUUAGGUGGAGAAUCCACAAAAUGUAGUCUCAGUCCAAAUAGAUGCCGUAUGGGAGAUAGCAGUCCUGAGGCUUACAUGGCUGUUGGCGGAAGUCCAGAUUCGUACUAUGUAAUGGUCGAUCCAGAAAAGAAAAUUUUCAUUAAGCGGCAUCUUACCGUAUGCUCUGCUUCAUCAUCAAAUGAAAUCGACAAUUGCUUGACUAGUUCAAUCAAUGCAAAUUCAGGUGGCAAGACAAUAACUAGCAGGGCAUAUACUGUAAGGCACGAAGAUAACCUAAGGAAAAAUAUGAAUAUACACCCUAGUAUGGAUCUGCUCCUGAUUGGCAAAACCGGGAAUGGCAAAAGUGCGACUGGAAAUUCCAUUGUAGGAAAACGAAAGUUUGCGAGCGAGUCCGGUACAUCUUCUGUGACGAAAGAGAUCGACGCCGAUAUCACAGAACACAAGGGUCGUCAGAUUAAAGUCGUGGAUGGUUUGGCAUUUUGUGACACAUGGCUGGAUAAUGAACGGUCAGUUGAGCAGUUGAAUGAUGCAGCAAAAUUGGCUUUGGCAGCCAAUCCUAAAGGCUAUCAUGCUUUUCUUCUCGUCCUGAAAUAUGGCAAUAGGUUUACUCGUGAAGAACAGGAGUCGGUUGUGUUGUUAAAGAAAAUGUUCGGAGAUGAUUUCGUUCAAAAAUUUUGUAUUUUAAUCUUGACAUGCGGAGAUGUUUUUCAUCAAGAUCAGGAGGAAACAGAUUCAGUAGGAUUGGACUUUUCAGAGUGGUGCCAAAAACAAGAUGGCGCCUUUAAGGAUUUGCUCGAGGAGUGCUGCCAUAGGGUGAUUUUGUUUGAUAAUAAAACCAAAGACAAGAAAAAGAAAAAAAGAACAAGUUGAUAAU